GAAAAAAAAAAAGGACUCUCUCUGUGUGUAUGUGAACACACUGGAACCUUCCAAUCUGUAACCAAUUAGGGGUUCUCUAGGGUUUAUCAGAAUAAACCCAAAUCCCCAAAGCCCUAAUCUCUCUGGUUCUCUCUCUCUUUCUCACUAACACUCACGCAUACACAAAAUGGUUCGCUCCAACGGGAUGAGGCUUGUCUACGGGCUUGCUCGUCGCUCUAUCGCCUCCAAUAUCUUCCACCAAUCCAAGACCUCCAUAUACGAGACGGUGUGUAAUGCGGGAUAUAGGAGUUUCAAUUCUGGUGUUUGCAACCCAUCUCGGAUUCUUGGAAAUUAUGCUUCAAAAAAUGUUGCUCAGAAAAAUUGGUUGCUAUUGGGAGCUCUGAAUGCCAAUUGGGGCGGAGUCAGAUCAAUUCAUGGAACUGCGGCCGCUGCGAGAGAUUAUUAUGAUAUACUUGGCGUGAACAGGAAUGCUAGUGCACCUGAGAUAAAGAAAGCUUAUUAUGGGCUUGCAAAGAAGCUCCAUCCAGAUACAAAUAAAAGUGAUCCAGAGGCCGAAAAAAAGUUUCAAGAAGUUCAAGCAGCAUAUGAGGUUUUGAAAGAUGACGAUAAGCGACAGCAAUAUGAUCAGGUUGGUCAUGAGGCAUUUGUACAGCAAGGAGAAAAUGGUUUUCCCAAUGGUUUUCAGGGUCCAUUUUCGGAUUUCUUUCGUGAUAAUGUGUUUGAAGAUUUCUUCAAUCGAAGACUUGGUGGUGAAGAUGUCAAGGUUGCUCUUGAACUAUCCUUCAUGGAAGCUGUUCAGGGAACCACUAAGACUGUGACAUUUCAAACUGAUGUGCCAUGUCAACCCUGUGGUGGACGUGGUGUUGCUGCAGGAGUCAAACCAGAAAAAUGUUCACGCUGUAAAGGUUUAGGCGCUAUAACUAUGCAACAGGGUAUAUUUACGGUGCAGAUUACUUGUCCCCAGUGUCAUGGAGAACGGGAAUAUGUGCCGCCUCAAUACAUCUGCAAGUCAUGCAAGGGAAAACGAGUUGUGUCAGGAACAAAGUCAGUCAAGCUUAAUAUCGUGCCAGGGGUAGAUAACAAUGAGACUAUAAAGGUGAGCAGAAGCGGUGGAGCAGAUCCUGAUGGAAAUCAGCCUGGAGAUCUUUACGUUGUCCUUAAGGUUCGUGAAGAUCCUGUUUUCCGUAGAGAAGGCUCUGACAUUCAUGUAGAUGCCGUCUUGAGUAUCAGUCAGGCAAUUUUGGGGGGAACCAUCCAAGUUCCAACUCUCACCGGAGAUGUUGUCCUCAAGGUCCGCACAGGCACCCAGCCUGGUCAGAAGGUAGUUCUUAAGAAGAAAGGGAUCAAGACGAGGAACUCUUUCUCGUUUGGUGAUCAAUUUGUGCACUUCAAUGUCAGCAUUCCAGCGAAUCUGACACAAAGGCAACGUGAAUUGAUUGAAGAGUUUGCCAAAGAAGAGCAAGGGGAAUGUGAUAAGCGUGCCGCCGGAGCAUCUGGAUAAACAGAGACUAGAGAAAUAUUUUUUGUGUGCUAAUUUAUCCAAAUUCAUACUUAGCAAGCGAGGACAAAGGAACAUAAAGGAAAAGCAUCAAUAGUAGAAAGACCAACCUCUCUGGAAGUUUUGUAGGAGUGAUUUUGGCUUUAUUUUGUCAAUUUGUUUAUCUUGUAAGGGCAUGUAACAUUCUUCAACAUAAAUCACAAUGGUAUAAUUAUCAUUUGAGGCUAAAAUAUUUGAUCACUUGCAUCCAGAG